AUGAAUACAAAAAGAGAGGAGAUGAAAGCCAAGAUCAAUCUCCUGGGAUCCAUCGACGUUAAUCAUGACGAGUACAAAUUUGGAACCACAAAGGUGUUCUUCAAAGCUGGUCUUCUGGGUGUUCUUGAGGAGAUGCAUGAUGAGAAACUGGCUGCUCUGGUCACAAUGACUCAGGCUCUCUGCCGUGGUUACCUGAUGAGGAGGGAGUUUAUGAAAAUGACUGCAAGGAGAUUCACCUCCGGAGUGCUCUGUCUGAGGUCAGCUUUACUCAGCCAGCUGGAACAGCUGUCUCGGCAUUUGUUUCACCAGAGAAACACUGAUCGCCUCAGAUGUACCUUGCAGGUCCUGUCAGCUCUGUUCCGCUUCCCGGUGAGAAACACGCUGAGGGAGCUCCACAUGCAGGGAGGUUGUUUUGCAGGGCAUUUGCAUUCUCUACAUAGCAGCACCUUACAUUUACAUUAUAUCUUUAUGGUAGAUGGUCUGGACCAGACAAGUUACACCUAUGCAAGGUCUGCCAAGGAAGGGUAA